GAUCAAACCACCGGAAGUCGCUGUGCAACUUAUUUUGGGUCGCUUGUCACCAGCCUCAGCAGACCGCGUCCAUUCUCAACAACAACCAGAGCAAAUAACGGGACUUCAGGCAAAAUGCACCGACUCUUGCUGGUGUUUUUGGCCGCUGCCGGGGUUUCGGCGAUCGGCCUCCCGAGCCUGGAUGUCUUUCCGGCGGCCGAGCCAUGCGACGCUCCGCUGCAAUGGGAGGGAAAGUGGGUGAUGUACGACCACAACACGGGCAGAAACAACCGGGCCGCGGUCUCCUACGACGGCCAGAACCAGAGGAUCCGAGUCCUGCAGCAGCACAAGAAACACACUCCAUGUCAGAGGUUCUUUGAGUACAUCUACCUGUAUCAGAACAAGGUGAUGUUCCAGAUUGAUCAGAAGACCAAAGAGUGCUCAAAGAUCGCUCUGACAGAGGCCUGGGAUCCCUUCGACAUCCCAAAAAACUCAACCUUUGAGAAUCAGUACUUCAUCGGUGGCCCCGGGGACAACGUGGAGGUCCAGGAGUGGUCAGACAGGAAGCCAGCACGGCAGCAUGAGGCCUGGGUUGGUGUUUACACCCUGAAGGAUUGCUACCCGGUGCAGGAGACCUACGCCAAGAACAGCACCGUCACCACCUCCACCCGUUUCCUCAGUCUGCAGCUGGGCAUCAGCGACCCCAACGUCUUCACCCCGCCCCUCACCUGCCAGUCAUCCCGCCCUGAGAGGAUGGUCGAGUUCGACUGUUGAGGCCUCCUCAGGAAUCACCGUUGACCUUAGAUAAUCAACAGCUUUUUCAGUCAAUUGCUUCCUGACAU